AUGGAUAACACAGAGGAACCUCAGAAAAAAGUAUUUAAAGCACGAAAAACAAUGAGAGUAAGUGAUCGACAACAACUUGAAGCUGUCUAUAAGGUUAAAGAGGAGCUGUUGAAGACAACUGAAGUUAAACUGUUAAAUGGAAAGCAUGAAAAUGGAGAUUCUGAUUUAAAUUCCCCUUUAAGCAGUACAGACUGUAUGGAGGACAAGAGGGAAGUUAAUGGCCUAGUGGACUUGUGUGUUAACUCUGAAGAAGGGAGAACAGCUUCUGAUAAAACUAGUGAAGCCAAAAGCCCUGAAAGUAGGGCAGGGAACAUAGUCAAUGAUAUAGAACCCAAACCUCUAACGCUGUCUCCAGAGAAUGUUACUGCUGAGCAAGAUAAAGAUACUGAUACUGCUUCAGCCUGUCAGGCUGAAAAUGGAGCGCUUAGUAGCCGUAAAGAUAACUUCCAUGAGGAAAAUAAUACAAAAGAUCAUUUGGACCAAAGAGAGAGUGACGUGCCAUCGGAAGGUGAAAGUAAAUCAGUCUGUGUUGUUAGUGACUCUUCUGAAGAGAAGGAAGAGAAAAAUGACUUAACUGUUAAUUCCAAUUCAUCUGGUGAGGAAAAGAGGACUGAAAAAGUAACUUUUGACGAUACUGUUGGAGAAGAGGCCAUCUCUAGCAGUAUGGAAGCUGACCAGGAACCAAAGGACAAUCAAGAUGGCACUCGAGGUCUUUCAGAAACCGCUGUUCAGAAGACAAUAGAUGAGCCAAGUGAAAGUAUCUUGGACAAUACUGACUCUAUGGAAACAGAUGAAAUUAUUCCAAUUUUGGAAAAACUAGCCCCUGCUGAGGAUGAAUUGAGCUGUUUUUCUAAGAGUUCUCUGCUUCCAGUGGAUGACACAGUCCCAGAUUUAGAAGAGAAAAUGGACAACUGUUUGGGUUCACCAUCCAAGCAGGAAAGCAAUGAAAGUCUGCCAAAAGAGGCUUUCUUAGUACUGUCUGAUGAAGAGGAUCCCUGUGAUGAGAAGGAGGAAUGUGCUGAAGUGAUACUACCAGACAAGUCAGGUCUUCCAG